GGAAGAGAAGAGAACGGGAAGGAAAAGCAAAGCCGAAUAGUAACAGCAAAACAAAACAGAAACAACGAAAAGCGGUGCAAUUAUGAAGGUCUGCUGCAUUGGCGCUGGAUAUGUCGGUGGUCCCACUUGCGCGGUUAUGGCGCUCAAAUGCCCCGAUAUCGUGAUAACCCUAGUGGACAAGAGCUCCGAGCGGAUUGCCCAGUGGAAUUCGGAUAAAUUACCCAUUUACGAGCCUGGUUUGGACGAGGUGGUGAAGAAGUGCCGCAAUGUGAAUCUAUUCUUCUCCACGGACAUUGAGACGGCCAUCAAGGAGGCGGAUCUCAUCUUCAUCUCGGUUAACACGCCCACAAAAACCUGCGGCAAUGGCAAGGGUCGAGCGGCGGACCUGAAGUACGUGGAAAGUGCAGCCCGAAUGAUUGCAGAGAUCGCCCAGUCCAACAAGAUUGUGGUGGAGAAGAGUACAGUGCCAGUGCGGGCGGCGGAAAGCAUAAUGCACAUACUCCGUGCUAAUCAGAAGCCUGGUAUUCACUACGACAUCCUGUCCAACCCAGAGUUUCUGGCUGAGGGCACUGCCAUUAAUGACCUGCUGAACGCUGAUCGCGUGCUUAUUGGUGGCGAAGAGACACCCGAGGGCCAUCAGGCGGUGGAGAAGCUGUCGUGGAUCUAUGAGCACUGGAUACCCAAGCAGAAUAUACUUACAACCAAUACGUGGAGCAGUGAGUUGUCCAAAUUGGCUGCAAAUGCUUUCUUGGCCCAGCGGAUCUCCAGCAUUAAUUCACUGUCGGCGGUGUGCGAAGCCACUGGAGCAGAUGUCUCCGAGGUGGCGAGGGCCGUGGGUCUGGAUUCCCGCAUCGGUUCCAAGUUCCUGCAGGCGUCCGUGGGCUUCGGUGGCAGUUGCUUCCAGAAGGACAUCCUAAACCUGAUCUACAUAUGCGAAAACCUCAACCUGCCAGAGGUUGCUGCGUACUGGCAGCAGGUGAUCGAUAUGAACGAGUAUCAGAAGCGACGAUUCUCCCAGAAGAUCAUCGAGAGUCUUUUUAAUACAGUGUCGGACAAGAGGAUAGCCAUCUUGGGCUUUGCCUUCAAGAAGAACACGGGUGAUACCCGUGAGACUGCCGCCAUAACUGUAUGCCAAACACUACUGGAGGAAGGUGCCGCCCUAGACAUCUACGAUCCAAAAGUAGAACCCGAACAGAUCAUUGACGACCUCACGCAUCCUAGUGUCACAGAGUCCCCGGAGAAGGUAAAGAAGGCCGUGCAGAUCCACAGUGACCCCUACAGUGCCGUUCGAGCCACCCAUGCCUUGGUCAUCUGCACGGAGUGGGAUGAGUUUGUGGACCUGGACUUUAAGCGCAUAUACCAAUCAAUGAUGAAACCGGCUUACAUCUUCGAUGGCCGCAAGAUCCUCGAUCAUGAACGUUUGCAGCAGAUUGGUUUCCAUGUGCAGACCAUCGGCAAGAAGUACCAGCGCACUGGUCUGCUCCGAUCCUGGGGCAUUGUGCCGCAGCUUUAGGCGCGUCGGGCGACGGAUGUGAUGGCAUUUACACUUAAAGUUGGCGAAAUUUCCAGUAUUUGCGAGACUAAAUUGUAAAUAUGCGUAUCUUGUUCUGUAUCUGAGUGUGUUAGAGUGGGUCGAUUCAAUGGACGAAGAUACGUUAGGUUGGAAAGUUAUCUAUGGAUGAUUCUGAGAUGAAAUCUUGGACCUUAUAGUUAUACUAUCAGUUUGACCUUGCUUAAGUUAAAGUAUAAAAAAAGGUUUGUCAGAAAAAAAUUAUCAAUUGACUUGGUCAUAUUCCAUGAAGUAAGGAGAAUAGAAAUUGAAAUAAUGUAUUUCUUUAUAUGAAUUUCAAAUGAAAGUAAAAAGUAUUUAGUAACUAUUUUUUUCUGUAUAUAAUUAGAAAAGCAAAACUUUAUAAUUUAAUAUCGAAUUUUCUACAGAUUCAUCCAACAAUUUUAAAGUUUUCCCAAUAUCGACCCAGCCUAACGUGAGUGUUUUUAAAUAGUUAAAGUAUUGAGCUAGGCACACCCGAAGGGGAAACCCCAAACCGUAUUUGUAUUCAUAUUCCUAUUCCCGUGUCGAUCCGCCCCUCGAGGUUCGGCAGUUGCAAUAUAAGCCCUGGCAGGUCAAUCCUCUCCUGCUGUGGGUCAAUAAAAAUCAGCAUUUACACGAGAACAUGUAAAUUUUAUAAAAAUAA